CUACUUUAACGCAUUGACAACCAGGUAUGAUGGAUUUACAAUCCUUGGCUCGGGACAAAAGCGCUGUAGCCUAAGCGAUCUGUGACUUUGCUGGACAAGGUAAAUUUACUAGGGGACAACAAACAAGAGAACGCCCAACAGCCUAUCAAACCAAUUUGGCGUGUGCCACUGCCCCCCCUACCGAGCAUGUUGAACCUCGACAAUAACCCACCCUCAAACCAUUCAUAGCCAGUUCAUCUCCCCCUUUCCAAGUUUCACCCACAUCGGGGCUCCGCUAUUACUCCCCCUCAGGACAGGACAGCACGGCCGGUUGAGUUGACACCGAGUCCCCGGUGGAGGAAGUUGCCCGGGCAUUACUCCUACUUCUUAACUUGCUCCAUACAUCAGAAUACGCUCUCACGAUUUAGGCGCAGCGCACGCGACACAUAAUGGAGUUGAAGUCGCUAUCCCCACAAAAUACCCACCAUGGCAGUAGCAGAAACGGCGGAGCUGUGCCCGUAUCAGAGGAAGAAGGAGGAGGAACAGGAGUUGGGGGAGAAGAGCAGCAGAGGAUAAUCCCCAAUGGUGGAGCGGUGGAAUAUAGGGUUUACAAAGAGCGGUGGUUCGGGCUUGCUGGGUUAAUGUUGAUGAACAUUGUGAUUUCUUGGGGGUGGCUCACGUAUGCACCUGUUAGUGAUAAAACGCAGAUAUGGUUCGGACUUGACUCCCAGACUCCUGUGAACUGGCUGUCUACUGUUAUAUUCUUCACUUAUGGUUUGUGCGGUCUUUUGGUAGCAGUCCUAUACACCCUCAACCGCCACGGUGUGAAACCUGCACUAAUGGCCUCCUCAUUCCUGGUCCUAGCGGGAAACUGGAUUCGUUACGUCUGCACGCAACGAAAGUCCUUCGGCGGCGUAAUGUUUGGUCAGAUCCUUAUCGGCUUUGCACAGCCGUUCGUCCUAUCUGCCGCCACACACUAUAGCGAUCUCUGGUUCACUUCCCGUGGACGGACAUCUGCUACUGCACUCACUAGUUUUGCUAAUCCGUUCGGUGCCGCGCUCGGGCAGUUGAUUAAUCCUAUGCUUGCCACAAGCCCCGAGAAGAUUCCAGAUAUGACAUUUUGGGUCGCGAUUAUUGCCACGGUUGCCUCGCUGCCGUGGUGGUUUGUCAAGAGUCGUCCACCGACACCGCCGUGUGCCAGUGCUGUUGGGCAGAAGUUGGGGUUCAAGGAGAGCCUGGGGGUGGUAUUUAGGAAUAGAGAGUUUUUGUUGGUUUUUGUCAUGUUUUCGGUGUAUCUGGGCUUUUUUAACGCAAUGUCUUCCUUGCUGAAUCAGAUUAUGCUUCCAUAUGGAUACACUGACGACGAAGCCGGCAUCACCGGCGCGAUACUGAUUGUCUCGGGGCUAAUUACAUCUGCCAUUGUCUCGCCGAUAAACGACAGAACCCAUAGCUUCGUCAUGGCAAUCAGGAUUUUCGUCCCGAUCAUUGCCCUAGGUUAUGUUGCUCUAAUAUUCGCCCCGAAAUCGCAGACGCUAGCGGCACCCUUCGCGGUGAGCGCUCUUAUUGGUGCCUCCAGUUUCUCACUGCUUCCCUUAGCUCUAGAAUGGGUAGUCGAGCAAACCCAUCCUGCACCUCCAGAAUUGACAAACGUCACACUCUGGGUUGGCGGCCAACUGCUCGGAGCGAUAUUCCUAAUCACCAUGGAUGCGUUGAAGGAUAAGAACAAUCAUAACAAGAUGUCGAAGAGCUUGGUAUUUGAGGCUAUGGUCGCCUGCAUGGUUUCGCCGUUGACGCUAUUGCUCGGUGACGGUACUAACAAGAGGAUCGAGAUUGACAAAGUUGCCGCGCAGAGGAUUGAUGGUUGA